AUGAGAAGAGUCAUGUUUCGAGGAUCUAGUGGCACUUCAAAGAAGUUAAUAGAAACAAAGUCGGCUUCUCAGAAGGUAGCUAAUGAAUUGGAUGAUUUGCCAGACAACCUUAUCCAUCACAUAUUGUCAUUUGUGGAAACCAAGGAUGCAAUUCGAACUCUUGUUUUAUCAAGAAGGUGGAGGCAUAUGUGGGCUUCAGUUCCCUGCCUAAACUUGAACAGCAAAUCAUUUUCUCGGCUGACUGAUUUUAAAAGAUUUGUGAAACUGGUCCUAUCUCAACGUGAUACUACUUCUCAUAUCAAAGCUCUUACUUACUCUCACUUUGGGGUGGAUGAUGCAACAGAUGAUGAAUUGCUAUACAAUAAUGUUGUUGAAUUUGCAAUUUCACAUGGUGCUGAAGAAAUCCAAAUCAACCUCGGUGGGAAAAACUCAACUGAUCAAGCUAAUUCUUCAAAUCCAUUUUCUAAUAUACAGAAGCAUUUUGGUUUUGCAAAGUUGACAACUUUGCAUCUCAACAACUUUACUUUAAGUUGUACAGGAACCUCCAGUCUGGAUCCAUUUGCUGGUUGUGUGAAUUUGAAGAAUUUGCACUUGAGUGAACUUUGCUUUAAGUCAGAUUUGAACCCCAGGGAUUUUGUGAUAUCUGCACCCCAACUUAAUAACCUCACACUAGCGUGCAACCGUUUUAACUGUAAACUUGUAAUUGCUGCCCGACGGCUUCACUAUCUCAGCUAUAUUCAUUCGUCUUCACGUCUCUGUUUUGAGUUUGGUCUUCGUUCGUCGGAUGACUUGAAAAUCGAUGUUCAUGAGCUGCAUAAUGAUGAAUUAGAAAUUUAUCAACAGGGGCAGAAAGAAGAGACUUUACAUGGUUUCAUCAAUACCAAUGUGGUACGCACACACCAUAAUAAUGUUGAAGCUGUUGAGCUAUCCUUUCGUACGGUCAUGGUUACUUGUGGGGCUGCUUCCUUGCUAAAGUUUGAUGAUUCAUUUUGUACUAUGAUGGGGCAGAGUUUAACAGUUGGAAAUACAGUUAGAUACUUCAUUACCGACCAUAUAACUGUCUAAUUGCCACCGAAUAUUACAGUUGCUCUUAGCAUGCAGACUCUUGAAAUUUUGACCUCUUAAAGGAAACUAAAUUUAGUAGCUGAUUGGAUCGCUGAUGUGUAUCCCAAUUAACGCUUUUUAUGUUCUUUUAGUGUGUGACGUUGAACUUAUUUAUUUUUGAUGCUUUUGUUUCACUGCUUUAAUGUGACUUCAUUCAUAUUUUUUUUCACAUUUUUUGAACGUUUGAAUUUGAAACUCCCUCCUGUUCUUUAAUUGUGCUUUAUCGUCUUCA